AUGACGUUCCCUUCUCUCUGUUUCUCCGUUCUCUCAUUCGCCUUCUUCUUCGUCACGCAUGCCUUCGACAUCAGCCUCAUCCAGAUGGAAGCCGGAACAUGUCCGUAUACGGUGGUUGUCAUGACGAGCUGUCGCUCUCCGAAGUCAACUAGGGAUCAGAUCAAUAUCGCUUUUGGCGACGCCGAUGGUAACCAGGUGUAUGCACCGAGACUUGGCGGAUCGGUAAGAGAAUCAGGGGGUUUGGGGAAGUGUUCGACGGACACAUUCCAAGUUAGAGGUCAAUGUUUGGAUAGUCCUGUAUGCUCCAUCUCUAUCAACCGGACUGGACCCGACGGUUGGGUCCCGGAGUCCAUCGAGAUCUACGCAGAAGGUUCAAAGGCUGUAAAAUUCGAUUUCAGCAAGAGCGCUCCUCAAAACACUUGGUACGGCCAAAACAACUGCAACACCACAGGCCGGCCAUCGUCUCCCGAUUUUCCUCCUCCGGAAUUCCCACCGGAAACACCUGACAUCCCACCACCGUCUCCACCACGGCCGUCUGCUGCUUCCCGGCGUGGCGAUAGUGAGAGUGUUUUCCUUGUGUUUGUCAUUGCAACUGCGAUGGCCGCCGCAAUGGUGCGUUAG